CCGUCUGCGGCCAACGCACGUCUCCUGUCGUCUCGUCCUCGUCUUCCUUCCUUCCUUCCUCGCUUCCUUCUCCCUCCCAAAUCAGCAAUCGCGGAUUCCCUCCUAGCUAGAUCCGGCGGGACGCACAGGCAACGAUCUCGCGCGGCGGCAAAGGCAAGGCGUCAUGGGUCUCCUCGACUCGCUCCUCAACUGGCUCCGAAGCUUGUUCUUUAAGCAGGAGAUGGAGCUCUCCCUAGUUGGCCUGCAGAAUGCUGGAAAGACAUCUUUGGUCAAUUCGAUUGCUACUGGUGGCUACAGCGAGGACAUGAUUCCAACUGUUGGCUUCAAUAUGAGGAAAGUUACAAAGGGAAAUGUCACAAUUAAACUUUGGGAUCUUGGAGGGCAACGGAGAUUCCGAACCAUGUGGGAGCGCUACUGUCGUGGAGUUACUGCCAUUCUAUACGUUGUCGAUGCGGCUGACCGAGAUAGCGUUCCGAUAGCUAAAAGUGAAUUGCAUGACCUGCUGACAAAACAAUCUUUAGCUGGGAUUCCUUUACUUAUCCUUGGCAACAAAAUCGACAAGUCAGAGGCACUUUCUAAGCAGGCAUUAGUUGAUCAGCUAGGUCUGGAAUCUAUAACGGACCGUGAAGUUUGCUGCUACAUGAUCUCCUGCAAGGACUCGGUGAACAUAGACGUUGUCAUGGAUUGGCUUAUCAAGCAUUCCACAACAGCAAAAAAUUAGGGUCGUUGUUUGUUUGUGCCCCUUCAUGUGUGCCGGAAUGAAUUUAGUUUGCAGUUUGCACAUCUGUGUCCCUUCAUGUGUGCCGAGAUGAAUUUAGUUUGCAGUUUGCACAUCUCCGGUUUUAUGACCCAGAAGGGGAAGGUAAAAGGCGACAACCUUGUAAUGUGUGAUAUAUCUUUGGUGUCACUGAUGUGUGGUGUUUAGUACUUGAGCCUUAGAAUCUUGUAUUAUUACUUUGUAAAUACCUUUAAUCUUUGAUUAUUCUUUGGUGUGCAUGCGA